GACGCCGGUCAGCCCGCUAGAGUCGCCGGAUCGGUUCAGUCUGCCGCUUGAAUCGUACCCGCUUGUUCGUUAGUUAUUACUACUCUGUGUCGUGUUUGGACCGAACUUUGUGCAACCGUACAUAAGUGUGGAUCGGAUUAUUUGCAGUGUAUGUGACGCUCAAUGACAUCGGAUGUGGAUUUUUAGUGCUCACGUCAAUAUUUAACCAUACGGUUCAAAUAAUACGAGCCGAUGGUCCUAUUGAAUAGUAACAUGAAAAUUAAUGGUUGCUACUAAGGGACAGAACUAAAAAAUGACAAUAGAUAAAGCGGGUCGACCGCCUGCGCCACGUCGGACCUCGACAUACAGAAGUUACGACGAGCUCGGUAUCAUAGAUAGAGGAAAACCUCUAAGGUAUCGCCAUGGAGGCGUCGAAGACUUGUCCGGAAUAGAGCAUUUACGUAGUAGAACGUACGUCUCACACGACAUGGAUAACAUAACUGUGAUAAGCUCUGAGGAAUUACCCAAACCGAAAAGAAAGACCAUCGAAGGUUUGGCAAGUGGUUUCAGGAGGACGUUCUCUGUUCGCAGUAGAAGAGAACCUGAGGGUAUACCUAUGGAUACGUUUAGUGUCACUUGUGAGGAAAAUUUUGCAACUGUCAGAGGUGCUCCGUUUGGGAGACGUAGAUCCUUAUCCAGGGACAGAGGGUCUUCGUUCCUUGGGAGGAGUUCUUCUGAAGGAGACGUGAGAAUACCUCUUCCUCGUGCUCCGCCUGCCAAUCCGACUCCUAGAUUGCACCGUUGUCUCCGAGCCCUCGGAGGGAGUUGGAAGAACCUUCUAUUAUUGGGCGGAAUGUCCCGCGGUGGCAGCGGCGCCGGGAAAACGGCGACUGCCAAACGCGUGCCGCCGCCAGCGGUCCCCGGAGAUGCGUUUGGCACACCACAGCACCGACACUCCGGGUCAAGCUUCGGCUCGCAAGGGUACGCGUCCUGCGAGGAGCAAGCUUAUCCGCAGCCACCGGAUACUCCUUCACAUACCAGAGAUGACCAUUCGGAUUAUGGCAGCACAGUGUCCGGUGUCUCUGGGGUGUCAGGCGCCAGUGGCAGCCUGGGCAAGAGUCCAGCCGGUGGUGGCACAUUCACCUUCCCCCCUCCUACGCAGCCGCUGACACAUAAAGCGGCAGUGUACUACCACCAUCAGCUAGCUCUGAGCGAUGACCAAGGAAUUGAUAUGACCCAGAGUCCAGGCCGCGAUAGUCCAGGAUCUUCAUCCGGAUCGGCUGGCUCAGGGUCCCGUCAUUCCUCAGCGUCCCUCGACAGUGGCAGAGCUUCGGGUCGAAUGCCACACCACCACCACUCGGCAUGCCACUGUGGGGACACGGUUGACAGAGUCCGGGCGAUGAUAGCUCAAGGACUGCCGGACCCAGAUAUAAUACACGCAUGGCUAGCAGACCUACAAAUGGAGGAAUACGCGAGACUGUUCAUAGAAGCGGGUUACGACCUUCCCACCGUCACCAGGAUGACGCCAGAAGACCUAACAGCUGUCGGCAUCAAGAAACCAAACCAUCGCAAAAGGUUAAAAGCUGAACUCGCCAAUCUGAAUGUGCCGGACAACUUGCCUGAUUAUAUUCCGGGAUCGCUAGAAGAAUGGCUUCGUUUGCUGCGGCUGGAGGAGUACGGCCCUGCGUUGGUCGCACAGGGCUACCGGACCGUGCACGACGUCACGCAACUCGCGUGGGAGGAUUUAGAAGACAUGGGGAUUGUCCGACUCGGUCAUCAAAAGAAAAUCCUCCUCGCAAUCAAACGAGUCAAAGACAUCAGAGCGGGAAAACGGAGCAUCAGUAACCAAGGAUCGCUUGACUUCACGCGAAUACCCGGACAGAAGGAUUUAUAUCCGAGGGAGCAUUACCAGCCCUGGGAGAGACAUGCGAGGAGUUACCAUAAACCCCCCGAUCUAAAGUUUGACGCCAUACCGACGCCCCUAUGUGGCACAGAUUUGGUCCCCAUCCAGAUACGUCAUCCACGUGGCAAAUCGCUUGAAAGCUUAGAAGACCCAGCAGAACGAACCUCCCAUACUACCUUCUCCCCAGAGGCGGGGUUCUACUACGGAGGGCAAUGGCGACGUUCGUAUGACGAUGGGGACAUAACGCCAACUAAUGACAGCUCAUAUGAAGGCGGGGGCACUUUGCCCCGUCCAAGGGGCUUAGUUAGACCCCGACCGGUAGCUAAAAUCCAAGCUACCCCAGCGUACAGGGACAAAUCGCCCGAUUACACAUACGAUGAAAUCGCGUAUUCCGCAAGAUUACAACGUGUGGCAUACGGGGCAAGUCCACACGUAGCCAGGAAACCGCCACCGGAACCUCCUAAAAGACAAAGCUCUCAAUACACGCCGUUUACUAGAUUCGGACAAACAACAGUAGAAAUUCAUCCUGAGAAAAGUCUGCCUCUGAGUUUGCCGGCUUAUCCAAGUUCUGAUUCUCUGAGCGUGUCCUUGGAUAGUACGGGGCUACUCCCUCCACCUCCCGCGCCAUCUUCCCCACCAAGGAGGUAUGAAGAUGACAAGAUGAGGACUGGAUCAGAUGCUAGCUUUAAGUCUAGUUCCAGUACAGAAUCAGACAGCAUUCCGUUCGCAAAUGAAAACGCGGGUACAAUAAAACAAAAUCGUGGACAAAUCGCAAGCAGACCGCACACCGUCGACUAUGGUCGAUCAGGUAUCGGCCUCUCCAGCCUUCCACCACGGAAUCCGGACAUAAAGUCAAACCAUCCCCUCCCUGAACACAAGGACGAAAACAAGAGUUCGGAAACCGUGGACGUGCUCAACGACAUAGGGAACAUGUUGGCCAACCUAACAGACGAAUUAGACGCCAUGUUGGAAGAAGAAAAACGUCAAGGCUUGACAGAUUCCUAAAACAGUUAAAAUCUUUUUUUUAUCAUAAUAUACUGUGUACUCGAAUACAAAAUUAAUUUUAAUAAAAAAUAACCUUUAAUUAUUAAAUUCCAAAGAUUAUUCUUGAUCGGUGCUAACGAUCAAUAUUCGAUCCAUGUUAUAUUGACGGUACCAAAAAUAUAGAAUGCUAUGUUUAAAUUUGGAACCGUUAAUUUUUUCAAUUUGACAAAGGUGUUAACUAUACGUCCGUUAUGUAAGAAAACAAUUAUAAUUUUUUCCCAAUUCAGUUAGCAAUAAUUCUGUUUAAAUAAAAGAUUAGCCACCAAAAUUAAAAGCAAAUAUCACUUGCUAAAAGUGGUUUGCUUUAAUUGGACGUUUUUCUAGUUUAUAUUGUCAGAAUACAGUGUGACCAACUAUUAAGACAUGAAGUUAAUAGAAACUCUAUGGCUUUACAAUCGUAGAUCAAUGAAUUUUAUAUGCAAUUUUCGCGAUUUUUUUUACAGUCUUCGUGCGCGCUUUUACUGCCUUCAUCCGUUGCCUUGCUCUUUUAUUUCUGCCGUAUAUCAGUUAUACAACAUAAGUAAUAUAAAUAAAUAAUAAUUUCCAAACAGACAAAAAGUUACACAGUGACAUAGUUUCUAUAACGCCAUUCGGGUACUGACAGAAUAGCUUUUAAUGACACAAUUAUUUGGUAACUGUAGAAUAAAUCGAUCGGUUAUUAUAUACUGUAAUUCGUAAAGUCUCAAAUCUGUCAGUCUGCAUAAGACUUAGAUAUUUGUAUAAUACCAUUUUAUACUGAUCAGUAGGAAUAUUGACGUUUAUAGGUUAUAUAGUAAUUAUUGUUUUCCUGUUUGUGACAUUUUUGUUGUUAUUUUAUUAUUUAAAUUAGCCUCUUAAUUUUGAAUAGUUACUUUGGUUUCCAUAUCCGGUGGGACACAUAGACAAUUAGGUAUAUAGUCGGAUCCAAAAACAGAUGAAAAUGGCUAUUUUUGUAAAUAACGUUUUACUUAUAUUAUGUCAUAGAAUGAAUAUAUCCAGUAGCUAGUUUUCCAUGUACAAUAAAAUUGUAGAGUACUUGAAUAAUAAUGUGUAGAAUAGACUAGUUAGAAUUUAUACAAAAAUGAUAGAUCUAGUAAUAGUGUGACAAUUUAGGGAUUACAAUGAAUAUAUAAAUAGACUUCAUGUAAAUAGACAAAGAGCAAGUGGUCAGCAGAAUAAAGUCACACAAAGUACUUAUUUAAAGUACCCACGUACUGCUAUUACGUCAAGUGGCUUAAAUUUUUUAUUAAAUGUAAAAAGUAAAAAUUUUAAAUACGGUCAUUUUUUUAAGAUCUAAAUAUUUUAAUUAAAAUUAGCAACCAAACACAUGAUUUUUUGAAAUUAGAAAUUACAAAACUUCAAAAAUAUAAUGCACGGAUGUGAUAAGUCUUUUAAUCACAAGCUCUUUGUCUAUAUGUUACUAGAUAUAACCCUGAUACACACAAUAUAUUAAUAUAUUUUGAUUCUGUUAUGUAAUUCCGUGCUCAGUUACGUAAUAAACAAAAUCUAUGAAUGACAUUCAACAUGCGGGGCUUAUACAAGCUAGAUUAUUGGUGCCAAUUCUGUGGAAUGUAAAUCUCUAAAAGCAACCAAGUUAUCUGAUUCUAAAGUAGUGUUGUCCUCAUCAUAGUUUUUGCUUUGGACAGAUAGCACUUAUUAACCCCUAUGUUAUACUUGUAAAUUCAGAUAAGUAUAGAUUUAUUUACGACAGAUUUGGUCCUCUUUUUUUGCCAACAUGCAUAUAGUAAAACAGUUUGUAAUGAAGAAUUAACUUGGCUAAUGUGGCUCAAAAAACGUAAUGAUUAAAAAUUGUACCGAUUUAACUAUGGUACACAUGUCUCAUGUUGUUUGUAAACAACUUUCUUGCGUUGUAUAUAAUAACGAUAUUCUAACCACAAAUAUAUCUAUCCUUAAACUUAUUUUAUAAAUAUUUUAAUAUGGUAACAUUUUAAAAUUAACGUAACUAAUUACAUCUCUAGAAUUUUGUUUCUAUAUGUUCUCCUUUUGAAGUGAUAAAUAUGCAGUGGCCAUAUAAUAUUAAUAAUGCUUACUUCAAAUUAUAAUUAUAAUAUUGUAGAUACCAUAGACACAAACAAUUUAUUUUCGUAACCCGAUGAAUUAUUUUGAAUUUUGAGUAGUAAACCUUACAGUAAGAAUGAAUAUUUAUGUAAAUCGAGCAGCAAAAUAAUCUACGAAAUUUGAUAUUUUUUACAUUAAUCCGGUAUCUUACACAACACGUAACUACAAUAAAUAACUCUAGGAACUAAAUGUAGUAUAUUAUUAAAUAUUUUUAGCUUUGUACUGUAAAUAUAUUAGGUAGAGAUCAGUGUUUCUAUACAGUCUCCUUUGAUACCUAACAAACACGUCUUAUUUAGAACUUUUGUAUACUUGUUAAAAUUAACCGUCACUAUAAUUAGGUUACUUUUAGUUUGGUUUCUUCAACUAGGGUCGCUAGAAUACGACGGUGCUAGAGAUAAAAGUUUUAAAGCAAACGAUUUUGAGUUACUUAUAUAUUUUUUUUUGAUUCUUAAAAUGUUUACCUUGUUCUGUGAACUAGUCAAAAUUCUUUUCAGUGACGGUUAUUAUGAUAAAUGUAAAGUAAUGUAUCGACUAUUACUGAAAACAGCUUAUAAUAAUUAUUAUAUUCUUAUUUUGUAGUUCAGUUCUUAUUUGAAUAAAUAUUUGUAAU